GAGAGUCUGACUCCCACUCGUCACAUCGCGAGCUUGGGAGAGAGAAGCAGACGCUGUAACAGCGCCGAGUGCACAACUUAAACACAUGUAAAUCGGCAGUGGAGGAGAAUCCAGAAGAAAUCAUACUUACAACAGUGAUAAAUACACGGAUUUACAAAUGGCCACUGAUCAGUGAGCGGCGACGGGGAUGGAAACACGGUGAGAAGUUGCCGGAUGCGGGUGGUCGUGCGAGCGCAGCCGGCACCGACAGUGAAAACUCGUGGUGGUUUGUCUUUCUUACCAGGAAUGUGUGACAACCCAUCAUGUGGCAUCACCGUGGCUGUCCCCUGCUCCAUAACGUGUCCCUCUGAGCUGUGACACUUGGGGCUGACAGACUGCUGCCACAAUGACACAGAUGGACUACAAAUACAGCCUGCUGGGCUCGGCAGUGGACGACUACCGCAAGCGGCCCCUGCUCCUGCAGGUGGAGGACGUGCCCAUGAACCCGUUUGCGGUCAUGGAGGUGAAACGGGAACUGCUGAGGAGCUGGACGACCCAAAGCUACUUCAGCAAGAUCCGGCUCUACAGCUUCAUCGUCGGACUUGUCGUCACAUUCCUCAUCAUGACUUCAUACCUUCUGACAGGAGACAAGAAGGGACUCUUCCUCACCCCGUCACCUUACCACUACAGCAGCCUGGUCAGCCCCGGCCCUUUUGCCUUUAACCUCUCCUCAGUCAAGGACCACGCACACCUCAAGCUAGUGGUCAAGUCCAUCACAUCCAAGUUGGACUUUCACAGGAGUCGACAGAUCCCAGAUGUUAAGGCACUGGUUAACAGUGAGCCACAUAUGUUUUCCGUCAUCCCCCACAAAUUCCUUCCUGGUGUCAAGAACCCCUGUUGGUAUGAGGAAUACACGGAGAAUAUCACUUUGGACCCAUACAGGGCUAACUUUUACGGACGCUACACGAGGCGCUUCCGGGCCGUGUUUCUGCAAUUGAGAAUCACUUUCAGAGAGCACUUGUUGCACCGCAAUGGGAAACUCUACCGCAUGCGGUGCCUUCCUUACUUCUAUAUCAUUGGCCAACCAAAGUGUGGCACAACAGACCUGUACACCAGACUGAGUCUGCACCCGGAUAUUUUUACCACAGUUAAAGAGCCGCACUGGUGGACCCGCAAGAGGUUUGGCAUCGCCCUUUCGAACGAGCGCUUCCGUGAUCAAUACCCAGUGGAGAGCUACCUGGACUUGUUCGAUAAAGUUGCUGACCAAAUCCAGGGCAAACCCAUGGCGAAUGCCAGUGGAAGACCCAGCCAUCCCAACAUCAUCACAGGAGAAGCCAGUGCAUCCACCAUGUGGGAUAACAGAGCCGGUAAUCAUUGCUAUGACAACACCACAGAGCCUCCCUUCCUUAUCCAGGACUUCAUUCACGCCCUGCAGCCCGAUGCCCGCUUCAUCGUUAUGCUCAGGGACCCAGUGGAAAGGUUAUACUCUGACUACCUUUAUUUUGGUAAUGCCAAUAAGUCUGCAGAGGAUUUCCAUGUGAAGGUGGCCGAAUCACUGCAGAUAUUUGAGCGGUGCCUUACAGAGAACACAAUGCACUUGUGUGUGUACAACUAUACUGUCUUAAAUGCAAUGCCAGUCAGAUUGACCAUUGGCCUGUACAUAGUGUACUUAAUGGACUGGCUGACUGUCUUCAGCAAGAAGCAGAUUCUGGUUCUGAGGUUGGAAGACCAUUCAUCCAAUAUGAAAUACACAAUGCACAAAGUCUUUGAUUUUCUUAACCUAGGGCCAGUGACAAAAGAAAAAGAAUCAGAAAUCACAUGGAGUCCAGCGUCAAACACCAGGAGGCAGGCUGACAAAGACCUGGGUCCCAUGCUGCCCAUCACUAGAGAGAUCCUGCAAGACUUUCACAUGCCGUUCAAUGAGAAAUUAGCCCAAGUGCUACAGAAUGACUCCUUCCUCUGGGAGGAUAAACUCUGAAAAAGCCACCUUCCUUCACUUAAAAAGGGGGGAGAGAACUCAUGUGUCAGCCAUGUUUUGUGCCCAUGAAAAAUCAAUGUUUUCUAUUAAAAUUAUUUUUAAGUUACAAAUGCGGAGAUGACUCAAACAGCACAAGGGAAAAUGGUAAUUUUUUGGUGAGGGGGUUUCUUAUCUUUGACCAGGUGUAAAGAAUUUAAUAGUGGAUUCAUACAUACAUAUAGAGCUGAAACGAUUAAUCGAUGAAUCUUUUUUUUCUCUAUUAUUAAUCGAUUACUAAAUUAAUCGAUAACUAUUUUGAUAAUCAAUUAAUCGGUUUGAAGCUUUUUUCAUGAUUAAAACAAGAUUUAUGAUUGUUUAAGCUUCUUAAAUUUGAAUAUUUUCUUUGUUCUGGAUAAAGAAAUUAUUAAAGGUCAAUCAUUUUGGUUGACAAAACAAGACAUUUGAGAACAUCAUCAUUUCCAGGUUUGACGAACACCAAUCAACAUUUUUCAAGGUUUUCUGAUAUUUUAUGGACCAAACGAUUAAUUGAUUAAUCAAGAAAAUAAUCGACCGAUUAAUCGAUUAUGAAAAUAAUCGUUAGUUGCAGCUCUACAUACAUACAAAACUGAGUUCUACGUUGAAGCUUGGCAUGAUCACUUUAAAAAUAGAAUUGAAAAGACGACAACCAAUAGUUCAUUGUCAACCUUUUUAUUCAAUACAGCAGGAAUCCAAGCAGAGACUUUCGCUGCCCUCACCAUAAUCCAUUUACUAUCCACUACUGCCCUCUACUGGGAAACACAUGUAAUUGGCUGAAAAUCAGCCGUAUGUCUGAUCUUAUCUUCACAAUGUAUAUACUCUGUAAAACAAUCAUCACUGAAUAUCAGCAACAACCUUAAUGCAAAUUAGGGCCAGGCAAUGAUUCAAUGAUUUACUGCGAUAUCAUUUUCUUCAAAAUCAAUAUAGCAAAGGUCCGGUAUAUAUCAAUAUAAAUGUCAAGCACUGUGCAACACACUUUGAGACCCAAGACAUAAUUGCUGUGGAGGAUUUUACGUCUGUUCAUUUGUUUGAAACCUCAUUUAACGGCUUUCUUCACUUCUCUCAGAAGCAAAACUAAAUAUUUAACGGUCUGAUUUUUAUCACAAUAAUUAAAAUCAAAUGAUUUGCAA